AUGGGAGGGAAGGGUAUUAAAAGAAGAGAAAAGAAUUACAGAGCCGCACAUGGAGGCAGCAGCAGACUCCCACCCCCGCCUGUCCCCUCUUCACUUGAUGCAGUCCCUUCUAAACUCCGGAAAAUCAUGUCUUUAACAGGGGCUGGAAAACAGUCGUUGGAUGGUGUAAGAAGUGUUAGAGGAAAUGGUGGUAGUGGUGGAGACAAGAAACCUCGUCCUGGGGAUGGAGGUGAUUCCAAGACUAUAGGGGUGAAAAGAGAAAGAAAUGAUCAAGAUUUGAUCAAGCAGGAACUUGGUGACAGUGUUCUACAAAGCAGCACCCAUGAAAAGAAGAAGCGAAGGAAAAGUAAAAAAGCAAAUGAUCUUCGAUUUGAAACAGAAGAUCAGAUGGAAGUUGCUGGUUCCAAAAGAAAAGAGCGUAAAAAACAGCGCUUGGAAGCAAGGAAAAAGAAAAACAAGAAAGCCAAAGAAGUGAAUGUAGACUUUCCAGGCCAUGAAAAAAUAAAAUUUGGAGAUAUUGUUGUAGCACCACCUAAGUUAGUUGCAUUUCCCAAGGGUUUGAAGACGGUUCAGGAUGCUUCACAAGAAAGGCUCCGUUUACAGGCAGUUGAUGCCUACAGGAAUCGGAAGGGAUGGACAUCAAGGCCAGGAGGUCAGCUUCCUUUGUCUAUGAAUGUGCCACCAUCGUUGUAG